CUGCGGAUCCCCUCGGGCUCGCGGGAGCCGCGCAGGACCGGCCAGCAGGCGCCAUGGAGGGGAGCCCCAUCCCGGUGCUGACGGUGCCCACGGUGCCCUACGAGGACCAGCGGCCGGCCGGCGGCGGGGGGCUGCGGCGGCCCACCGGGCUCUUCGAGGGCCAGCGCAACUACCUGCCCAACUUCAUCCAGAGCGUGCUGUCGUCCAUCGACCUGCGCGACCGCCAGGGCUGCACCAUGGUGGUGGGCAGCGACGGCAGGUACUUCAGCAGGACGGCCACCGAGAUCGUGGUGCAGAUGGCCGCGGCCAACGGGAUUGGACGCCUGAUAAUUGGACAGAAUGGCAUCUUGUCAACACCUGCUGUUUCCUGCAUUAUCAGGAAGAUCAAGGCAGCUGGUGGGAUCAUCCUAACAGCCAGCCACUGCCCUGGAGGACCAGGGGGAGAGUUUGGAGUGAAGUUCAAUGUUGCCAAUGGAGGUCCUGCACCAGAUGUGGUCUCAGACAAAAUCUAUCAGAUCAGCAAAACAAUCGAGGAAUACGCCAUAUGCCCUGAUCUUCGAAUCGACCUAUCUCGGCUCGGAAGACAAGAAUUUGACCUGGAGAACAAAUUCAAACCAUUUAGAGUGGAGAUAGUGGACCCAGUAGAUAUCUAUCUCAACCUUCUUCGGACCAUCUUUGACUUUAAUGCCAUCAAGAGUUUGCUGACAGGGCCUGGCCAACUGAAGAUCCGGGUUGACGCGAUGCACGGAGUUAUGGGACCCUACGUGAGAAAAGUCUUGUGUGAUGAGCUGGGAGCUCCAGCCAAUUCUGCAAUAAACUGUGUCCCUCUGGAAGAUUUUGGAGGGCAACAUCCUGACCCAAACCUGACAUAUGCAACAACCCUUCUGGAAGCAAUGAAAGGAGGAGAAUAUGGAUUUGGAGCUGCAUUUGAUGCUGAUGGGGACCGUUAUAUGAUCCUAGGCCGAAAUGGCUUCUUUGUGAGCCCUUCCGACUCCCUGGCCAUCAUUGCUGCCAACCUCCCUUGCAUUCCAUAUUUCCGUCAGAUGGGGGUCCGAGGGUUUGGGAGGAGUAUGCCCACCAGCAUGGCCCUGGACAGAGUGGCCAAAUCAAUGAAGGUCCCUGUAUAUGAGACCCCAGCGGGAUGGAGAUUUUUCUCAAAUCUGAUGGACUCGGGACGAUGCUCUCUGUGUGGAGAAGAGAGUUUUGGCACUGGCUCUGAUCACCUUCGGGAAAAAGAUGGCCUCUGGGCUGUCUUGGUCUGGCUUUCCAUUCUGGCUGCCCGGAAGCAGAGUGUGGAGGAAAUCGUCCGAGAUCACUGGGCCAAAUUUGGCCGCCACUAUUAUUGCAGGUUUGACUACGAGGGACUAGAGCCCAAGACAACAUAUUACAUCAUGAGGGACCUGGAGGCCCUGGUUACAGACAAGUCCUUCAUCGGCCAGCAGUUCGCCGUGGGAAACCAUGUCUACAGUGUGGCAAAGACAGACUGCUUUGAGUAUGUGGACCCUGUGGAUGGCACAGUGACCAAGAAACAGGGCCUGAGGAUCAUUUUCUCGGACGCAUCACGGCUCAUCUUCCGGCUCAGCUCCUCCAGCGGCAUGCGGGCCACCAUCAGACUGUACGCGGAGAGCUAUGAGAGGGACCCCAGCGGUCAUGACCAGGAGCCCCAGGCUGUGCUGAGUCCUCUUAUUGCCAUCGCGCUGAAAAUAUCCCAGAUUCAUGAGAGAACUGGCCGGAGGGGCCCAACCGUCAUCACUUGAAUGGAGGAAAAAUCAGUCACCAGGGCCAAAAGAGAGCGCUUGGCGGGAGACACUUCACCCAUGCCUUCUUGCUACCUUUUUGUGCCUUUUAUGACUUUGAAACACACACACACACACACACACACACACACACACACGAUAAUUUGCUGGUGGUGGGUGGGGGGAGGGAAGAGAACAAAAAAAUCUGUUUUCUUAGGUUUGGGUCAAUUCCUCCAAAUGCAACAGGGUGUUCAGUUGCCUGUUAAAGCUGCACUAUCAUUUGGUAUCUUUAUUCUAUCACACAAAGGAACCUCACCUUUUGAGAAAGAGUAAGUAGGCCAGGAACAUGUCCAUCAUGGCAUCUGCGCAUCGCUGGCAUUAGGUGAGAAAGGUUCUGAACUCAUGCACAGAGCGCAGCACCAGAAUUAAGCUUACCCCAAGCCACGGGUGCUGCUGGGCAGACCAAGGAAGACUGUCCUCCUCGGCGUGGUGGAGGACCUAGCUUUUCAUCCUGGGUCAGGUGUCCCGGGGGGGAAGGCUGUGCAACUCCUAAGGGCGCACCUCAUGGCUGCUAGCCACCCGAGGGCCCACUCCCCCAUCUUCUGACCUCUUGGGAGUCCCCGUGCCACCUUCCCUCACAUCUUUGGAAGCAUUCUGCAGAUCACCAUGGCACACUUUCAGUGAAACAUAUCAAAGGGUGUUUUCCUCUCUUAUUUUGUAAAUAAUAUUUUUUUAGCUCUUAAGCUGGCUGCAUUCCUUCAGAUUCAGCCAUUCAGGGCACAGGUGGGAAGCAGUUUCUUGGCAGGACUCUGCAGAUGAAUGCCUCCCAUUUCAGCAGCCCUCCCUUGACGACAUCAUGGAGGGUGAUACAGGGAUUUAUAUUAAUUCCUCCCUCGAAGACAAAAUACCACCAUAUCUGCUGUCUCUCUGACUUUCUCUCCACUCUCUUAUCUCCCAGUAAGGGCCAAGUUUAAAGUAAUCAUUUGGACACAGUUCAGAUCUUAAUAGCAGUGGCUGUAGAAGGAGAUGAUGAAAUGCUGGAAAAAUAGAGUACUUGUUGGAAGAAGACCUUAUUGGUGGUAGUUAAGGGCUUGAUAAGAGGGAAGGGAGGGUGGGACCCCUGUGAGAAACUAGAAGGUCACAACUGGCUGUCUUUGCCCAGGAGAAGGAUACUGCAGCUCUAGCAGCCUUUAUCUGCACUCAGCCGGGACACUCGGUGUGGGACCUGUUUGUGUAUGCUUUGCUUCCUUGGGAACGACACUCUCACUUACCCUGUUGUUAGCACAGAUGACGUGGUGCUCUUUGUGAAGCAAAGUGGUAUUGCUGUAGUCAGGAUGAGCGCAAGCAGGGAGAUGUUCCCAGGAAGGAAUCUGUGUCCACUCUCUAUCUCUGCUUCUGUCAGAAACUUACUAGGAUAUGUAAUAGCCAAUAAAAAAGAAAUUCCUGAUUUCAACCCUA